GUGGGAAUUUACCCGCCAGCGCACACCAACUUCACCCGAAAGCCAAAAUUGCUAACAUGCGCUGACUCAAUCCCCGAUAACAAAAAAAUAAUUUGGUUAACCAAAGCAUAUCCUCUCUGCAAUUCCAAAGACAAACCAAAGAGUCAUUUUCAUUUCCCCUUUCCAUUGAACUGUUUUUACAAAAAGAAAAUCAAGUGGCUGACUUGUCGCUCGGGAAAAAUGGAUCUGUGGGCAGUCCAACUGAAGAGCGCAACUGCUCGGAACCCUCCUCCUGCUGGUGUUGGUGGUGGUGGGGCUUUGUUGUUGAAGAGGAAUUCGAUUACUGAAAGACCCAAGUCCUGGAUGAUUGGAAAACUCGGAGUCUUCGAGAUCAGGGUUUCAAGGCGAUGCCUUUCUUCAUCUGUCCAUCGUUCUUUCUCCAUUAAAGCUAUGGCUAAGAAGAAUAAUCACGAUAAUUCCUCUUCCUCUUCUUCUUCUGGAAAUGGUGAUCAAUCUAUUCCUAAUGGAGACAGUUCAAGAAGAAAUAAUUCUUCAGACAGCAAUAAAUCUGAUGACUCUGCUUCCCAGAAGUCCUACAAUGCAAACACCGACUGGAGAGAGUUCAGAGCAAUGUUAUACUAUAAUUAUCAGCAGGUAGAGAAGUCGGAGUCAGAUGCUCAUGAACAAGGUGGGAUGCCUCAUGUGUCGAAACCUCUUGGUCCAAAAUGGGCCCACCCUCUUUCAGUGCCUGAGACCGGCUGCGUUCUUGUUGCCACAGAGAAGCUUGAUAGAAUUAGCACUUUUGAACGAUCGGUGGUUCUCCUUUUGACAUCUGGAACCAGACAUACACGAGAGGGGCCAUUCGGAGUUAUUAUCAGUCGCCCACUUCACAAGAAGAUCAAAAACACGAAACCCACUGUUAAUGAAUUAGCUACUACGUUUCCUGAUUGUUCUCUGCACUUUGGGGGGCCUCUUGAAGCGAGUAUGUUUCUUUUAAGAGUGGGAAAAAAUUCCAAGUUUCCUGGGUUCGAAGAGGUGAUUCCUGGCCUCUGUUUUGGUACUCGAAAUAGUUUGGAUGAAGCUGCAGAGCUGGUGAAGAGAGGAGUGCUCAAGUCUCAGGAUUUCAAGUUCUUUGACGGUUAUGCUGGAUGGCAGCUGGUUCAGCUGAGAGAGGAAAUUGAAUCAGGUUGUUGGUAUAUGGCUGCAUGUAGCACGAAUCUUAUUUUUGGAGAUUCAUCUGAUUCUUCGUCAGAAAGUUUGUGGAAGGAGAUUUUGCAGGAAAUGGGUGGUCACUACUCAGAAUUGAGCCGGAAGCCUAAGCAAGAUAUUUAGGUACCUACAUGUUAUCUGUGAUUAGAGAAUUAAGAAAUUAAUCUGGAAGUUGACUCUUGAUGUGUAGGUGUUUAUGAAACCAAAUGUACAUAUAAUUUAAAUGGCUUUUUUACUCGGUAGAUCCUCAUUCUUCUUUUCUUCACUUCUCUUUCUAUCUCUCUCUGUUUUUUUUACCUUUUUCUCCUUGAUAAACUUUACUGCUAGUAAUAUUUGUAUUUAAUAGUAUGUAUACCUUUAAAUUAAUUGGCAUGCAUAGUGUAAUCAAAGACCUGUUUCCAGUAUCGUCAACAAGUUUGAUUUGGUUGAGUUAAUAAGGGUUCAAUAUUUCUUU